UGGGUGACAGGCGCCGGCUCGGCUGUAAUACGCCUCUGGUCGCCUGCACCGCGGCAGCACGGCCGCGAGACAGGCCGUGUGCCGCCAUGAAGACGUUCAGAUGCAAUAGUGGCGGCAGUGGCUCACCACAAGGAGAAAGGAAAGAUCGGCCUUCUCUCCCAGGCAGCUGCGGCAAGAGGAACCCUCGUGGUGAACAUGGCGAAGAUGAGGCUCAGUCUUCACACUGCCAGGAGGAGAAGGGCCAUGGGGAUGGGGACAUGAGAGAUGGCCAGGAGGACCCGGAAGUGAGACACUCUCCCUAUGGUAACCGGUGGAACAAGAGGAGAGUAAAGCCGCAAAAUGAAGACGGCAUCCAUAUCAACGUGUGGAGAGAGAGAACAUCUGCGGAGAGAGAAACGGGGAAGAAGAAACAAGAUGAAACCCUGGGCAACUGGUUCAAGAUCAUAGUUCCCAGCGGCAUCAAGUACGAUAAGAGCUGGCUGAUGGAUUCACUGCGGACACAUUGCAGAGUCCCCUUCACUCCCGUGGAUUUCCACUACGUGAAAAACCAGGCCCAGUUCUUCGUCCAGGAUGCUAGGGCUGCAGCUGCACUGAAGGACAUCAGCUAUAAGAUUAGUGAUGAGGACAACAGAAAGAUAUGUAUCUUUAGCAAUAAAUCUGCUGUACCCCGCUCAGUGAAGAACAUGUUGAAGGCAGAAGAACUGGAGCACCUAGAGCUGACGAUGAACAAGCGAUACGAUGACUGCCAGCAAUCUCUAGACCUGCAGCGUCUCCGCUAUGACCCAGACUUGGUGGGCCGUGAUAUUGAUAUAAUCCUGAACCGAAGAAACUGCAUGGCUGCCACCCUGCAGAUCAUCCAAAAGACUUUCCCCCAGCUCUUGUCCCUCAAUUUGUGCAACAACAAGCUGUACCGGCUGGAUGGCCUGAGUGACAUUGUGCAGAUGGUCCCCACAGUCAAGAGGCUGAAUCUCUCCAGAAAUAUGCUGAAGUCCACGUGGGAAGUAAACAAAAUCAAAGGCCUUAAACUCGACGAACUUUGGCUGGAUGGCAACCCCUUGUGUGACACCUUCCCAGACAGGGCCACCUACGUGAGUGCCAUCCGGGCCUUUUUCCCCACGCUGUUACGCCUGGACGGCAAGGAGGUAACCCCGCAGGUUGCUGUUGACACUGGCAUCCCCAGCUUAAUAAAGCCCUGCAAGGAAAGCUAUGAAGGAUCUGAGACCCUGAAAAAUCUAGUGCUGCACUUCCUGCAGCAAUAUUUCUGGAUCUAUGACUACGGAGACCGCCAGGGUCUCCUGGGGGCUUAUCACGAGCAAGCCUGCUUCUCCCUGACUGUUCCCUUUAGCCCCGAGGACCCAGCUCCCAACAUGUGGCAGUACUUCAGAGACAGCAGGAACAUAAUAAAGCUCAAGGACCCCUACACGCGGUAUCAGCUGCUGAGACAUACAAGCCCUGAGAUUGUGAGCACCCUGUGCGUGCUGCCCCAAACUCAGCAUGACCUGGGCUCCUUCCUGGUGGACUUGUGGGCCCACACGGAAGCCAUGCUCUGCUUCUCUGUCCACGGGGUGUUCAGGGAACUGGUAGGAGGGUCUCCAGGCUCCAUUCGUGCUUUCACCGAGACCUUCAUCACUAUCUCUGGCAGCAAUUCCAGUCUCUGCAUUGUGAAUGACGAGCUGUUUGUGAGGGAUGCCACCCCCUAUGAGACUCAGAACGCGUUCUCCACGCCACUGCCCGUGCCCACCGCCGGCUCUGUGCCCGUCCUGUCGCAGCAGCAGCAGCAGCAGCAGGAGAUGGUGCAGGCUUUCUCCGCCCAGUCUGGGAUGAACCUGCAGUGGUCUCGGAAGUGCCUGCAGGACAAUGAGUGGGACUACCUCAGAGCUGGGCAGAUCUUCACCGUGCUCAAGAACCAGGGCAAGAUCCCGGAAGAGGCCUUCAAACCAACCCCCUAAACAGGCCCUCGGAUGUCCUGCUUGUCCCCCUCUACGUCAUCUUUGUUUCCCUUUUCUUCACCCUAAGGCCACCCCAGAGUGAGGGUUGGCGGCCUGGCUGGCCAAGGAGCCACAGUCCCCUACCGUAGGGUCAGUUGGCUCCGGUGUUCCCUGUUUUCCCCACCCGGAUUGUUGGCAUUUUCAUAGUAAAGAGUGGCGUUGU